AGGCGUUCCAACGAAGAUCUGCACGGCAACAAACUGUAAGCAAGCGGGAGAGCCGCUGCUGCCAAAGAUCUGCGCAGAAAUGGAGGCCAAAUCAGUGCCGUGCGAAGGCGGGCCGAGCAAGGGCGACGAGGCGUCUUCUCCUCAUCGACUGCUGGGGCCUCUGCUGUCCAUUGGCGACACUGUAGUCCGCGACAAGGGCGAGGAGCGAGGCCUGCCCAUCCUCUCAGUGGCCUACUCCCUCGUGCUGCCUCGGGUGUGCGAUGCCAUGGUCAGGAGCAUGCCAGUGGAGGACAUCAUGAAAAUGAUGAUGCGGAACUUCUUCGGUGAGGGACACUGGUUGCAACACGGACGACACAAUGCGCCUUUUGAUUGUGUUGCGUUUGUCGUUGGUUGGUUGGUUCAGGGUUUAUCAUAUGGGAGUUCAAGGACGAGGAGGCAUCGCAGAAGCACGACCACUCGGUCAUGCUGCAUAUCUUCCCAGGUAGGAGCGAGUGAACGCAUGUGUGUGUGUGGAGGACACAGACAGACAGGAGAGGUUAGAGAGGUAGGUGGUCCUUUGUGAGUGGCUGGCUUGUGUGCGUGUGUGCGCCUUCAGAGAAGGUCGACAGCUCACUUGAGUUUCCGCACUGUCACAAGAGGAACUGGUAAACAAGCUCGGUCAGAGCGCCACAGCAACACGUCGGUGUGGUCAUUCAUUUACCCUUGGCGGGGUGUGGUGUCAGGGCGUCGAUCAACAUGAACGGGACGUACCAGCACAUCCUCUACAGCUUCGUCAAACACGACACUGGUAGGCCUUGCGCUGUCUGUGUGACGAUCGGUGGAUGGAUUACACGCGCUGUGGAUGCAUUGCAUAUAUCCUGCCUGCCUGCCUGCCUGCCUGCCUGCCAUGGUUGCUCAGGUGAGGCCAUCACGCCUGAUCUGUCGAUGGCCGGCCAGGCUGCUGAGUGUCCGCAUGACCGCCUGAAGCUGUUCGAGCACGAGAUGGAGACGGGCAUCCAUUUCAGGGGGCAGGUGCGAGUCAACGCAGUGCAGGUACGUACGUAUGUAUGCUGUGGACACGUUUCCAUAGGCAUCGCAUCCACCUGACUGACUGACGCAUACAUACAUAACUGUGUGUAUGUGCGCCCCACGUAUGUGUGUGGUCUAUCGGUGUGGCGUGAAUGGUCUGACUGACAGGAGUUCACGUACAAGAAGGGUGUGGUUCAGUACAUGGAUAAGCGUGUGCCGCAUCGACUGGACAAGUAUGGUGAGUGAGGAAGAAAUGGAAUGGACAGCCGACGGGCCUCCCUCCCUCCAUACGUUGGUUGGCUGCUUGUGUGUGUGUGUGUGUGUGUGUGUGUGUGCAGAGAACACCUUCUCCCUCAAUGUUCGUGGGGCGAUGGACCCAACGCUCAACACACUGUUCACCAUCCUCAACGAUAGACCCCUCCCACAGGUCAGCCAGCAAACCCAUCUCGUGAGGAGCUUCAUCAGAUCUCGCACUCCCAUCUCGUACUUCGAUGGAUGGAUGUGUGAAUGGAUGGAUGUGUGGAUCAGAAUGCCGACAAGCAGUGGCAGGUGCCGCUGUCGUCCCUCGAGGAGGCCACAUUCGUCAUCCGCCACGUCACCGCAACAUUCAACAAUCCCGACCUCUCUGCCUUCACUGCGAUGGGUGGCGACGCGGUCAAGCUGGCGUCUCUGCCAAUCGACGAGGCAUUCCGUUAUGCCGUCGAGGUCGUCAGCAGACAUGAGGACAGGUGCGUGACCAAAGCAAUGAAGGCCCACAUACGUACCUAUGUGUCCUGUUUGGUUCAUGUGCUGUGCUGUGGUGCAUGUGCAGGUUCCCCCUCGUUAUGGCUCUGGACAGUGGCGGUAUGAUGAAGGCUGGCGUGGUGACGGGUGAGGCCGUCGAGGGCCUCGUCGGCCACAGCCUGAGGACAAUGCCCGAGGUCCGGGUGCCAGAGCAUGUGUAAUUAAUUCGAUAGAUCUGCAGCUGAAAUCGAUGUGCGGACGGUAGGCUCUCGCCUUGACUCCUUUAUUUUGCCAGUGCUGCGGCAUGGAAUUAGUGCAGGCAGUAUGGUGCAGUAUGUAGGCCUGCCUGGUUUAUCCGUUUAUCUCAUCGUUCGUAGUGCUAGUGACUGACUGAGUGCUGCCUGGGAUUUUGAGUCCUGUGUGAUUGUCUCGGUUGAUGAUGCAGCAUGGUCGAUGGAUGCAGGCAGUUUCAUCUAGUUGCUUUAUCGUGCGUCCGCGAGGUUUUGUUUGGAUGUGCUGACCCAAUUUUGUGCUGACCAGUUGACUGUGUGCAUUGCUGAUGCCGCCCUCGAGCGGAGAUCAAUGGAAGCUGUCAGCCACG